GAAUGUUCUUCUACAUUUAACAACUUUUCAUCUUUUCCUCUUCUUUCCCAUUCCAGGAAGAAGAGGAGAAGGAAAUUCAUCAGGAAUUACGAUUAAUUUGCAAUGAUGAUGGGUAAGGAGAUACUGCGGCGACCGCAGGAUUGUCGUCUGAUCAAACGGACUGUAUUUUCUCCGGCGGUCAUUCAUCAUCGUAAGAGGGGAUGUUAUAGAAACCCUAGAUUCAUCGGUAACAAGAAAUCGCCGGCAAAUGAGAGGAGAUUCGAGAACGGUGUAAAGAACAGUAAUGAUCUCGUGAUCGGACGGGUUAGGAUUCUGAAGAGAGGCGAAUCGCCGCAGACGAAGGCCGCGGUAGAAAUUGAGCGGAAGGCAAGGAGGAUCUCUGCCGACGAUGUAAUUACGUCUAGGAUCAAUAGGGUAGGUUCAGAUACGUUGAUGAUGGAGGACGACGACGACGGCGGCGUUGGCGGCGGCGUAGAAAUGAAUAUGUAUGCCGGAUCUGCGUUCUCGAUGUCACCGUCGCCGAAAUCUCUUCCUCUUCCAUCGUUUUUUAAUAAGACAGUCGACGAUUCCGCCACCAGAGGUCUCCGGCGAUUGUUGCGAUUGGAUUAAUUACAACCCAACUACCGUCUUUAAACCUAAACGCUGCGUUUAUUAUCAUCGCAGAAAGAAUAACAUUUUUCUAUCAAUUUUCCACCUGAAUUACUGU